AACCCAAAAAUUCUUCUCCUCGUGCCUCUAAUUUGCUGCAGAAAAAGAAUGGAACCUGUUGGAGCAGUUUCUGAAGGGGAAUGGGGCUCCUUUUAUGGAAUGUACUCCGAAGAGGCUGAUUUUAUGGCACAGUUGCUUAAUAACUACUCACUCCCAAAGGAGUUACCCAGCGGUUCUAACUCUACAAUUUCCUCCAGUUUUUGCCCUUCUCCUGAAUCGACCGUGAAAGUUUCCGGGAUUGAUGAGAGUGCAAUGUGCUCAUCAGGUGAAAUUAAUAAUGCUAGUUUGUAUUCCUUUUUGCAACAGAGCAGUUACAGUGGAGGCAGUGGCAUUCUUUUUCACUCUUCGAAUCCUGAAGGCUACUACCACAGUGACUCUGAUCAAGUUUUAGCGACUAAUAAUAAAUUGAUGUCAAUCGAUUGUUGGACGGUAGAGGGUAAAGACAAUAGAUACCGAGUUCAAGCACUCACAAACGAUGCAAUGAACGACCAGGAUAUGAGCAAUGACAGUAUAGAGUUGAAUGAAAACCUGCCAGAAACUGUUUUUCAAGGGAAGGGUUUGCGGCUUGGGAGGGAGCAUGGAAUGCCAACAGCACAGCCGUGCGAGGAGGAUAAAGUCAAUAGCUCUUUGGAGACUUCCAAGAAAAGACCACGGAUCCCCGGAGAAGUCCAAAAGAACAAGAGAUGCAUGACGAAGAAGAAGAGGGUUUCGAACCUUGACAAUGACGAAGAUAACAAUAAUAAUGCUGUGCUACACAGGCAAAGCUCAAGCAGCUGCUUCUCAGAGGACGAAUCUAAUGCUUCACACGAGUUGAACGGAGGAUUGGCUUCGAGCUCAAACUCAAAGGGAAGUGGAAAGACACGAGCCAGUAGGGGAUCGGCAACUGAUCCUCAGAGCCUCUAUGCCAGGAAAAGAAGAGAAAGAAUAAACGAGAGAUUGAGAAUCUUACAAAACCUUGUCCCCAAUGGAACUAAGGUAGAUAUCAGCACAAUGCUUGAAGAAGCCGUCCAAUAUGUGAAGUUUUUGCAACUUCAGAUCAAGCUUUUGAGCUCUGACGAUCUAUGGAUGUACGCACCUAUUGCCUACAAUGGAAUGGACAUUGGACUUGAUCUCAAGAUUGGCAUCACAAAAUCAUGAUCCUGUAAAAUGAAGGCACAAUGGAGCCUGAUUUUCUGUGAA